AACAAAGCUGACACAAAAUUCAGAGGAAAUGAUAAACACGAGCUGUGAGUUGUAGCAAGCCUUCCAAAACAUAGUGAGAAAGUACUCGAUAGUCACAUAAUAGCAAGCAGUGAGCCCCAGUAACAGUGUGUAAAUGGACCUGCUGCCACACUUGUGACCAUCUCUGCCGAGUUUUCGCUGGGUAAUUGGGGUGUUGAAAUUAUCUAGAGUACUUCAUCCAAGGACAUUGUUGGAAAAUGUAGGAACAUCAGGUGAAAAUGGGAUUGGAACCAAAUGUGGUGCCUGCUAUCGCAAAGGAAUAGAAUCAUAAGAAUGGAGAGUGAGAACUCCAUUUCCCCGUGUGGCUCUGUGUCAGCAGAUCAGUUGGGAUCGGAUGUUCAGACCCCAGCUCCCAGCCACACGGCAGCAAAAACGCCUAUGAGUGCCAGUCUCCGAGAACGGCUGAAGAAAACACGCCGCUCCUUUAACUCCCCUUUCAUAGUGCCAAAGAGGCUAAAGAUCGACUGUCAGAAUGAAGGUGGUGGAAGUGUAGGCGCUGGCACUGGUGCUAGUGACAGCCAGCUCUCUGGUGAAGCUUAUGCUGCCCAGGCUGGUGUGACCACAGGAACAGAGAGCCUUUGCAGUAAGCUGGUGGAUGUACAGCCUGAGAUGAGUGCAAUAGGGGAGUGUCUGGAAUUUCACUGUGCAGCCGUGCGGAACAUCCAGACGCCUACAACAUCUCCAAGGCUUAAUUGUUUGUCUGUGAUCCCUGAACAGCAGCACUUACUUGAGGAGAGGGAACGAUUGCAGAGAGAAGUGAGAGAGAAAGAGGAGCUACUUCGUAGACUGAAAAUGGUUCAGAUGUACAGAGCAAAGAACAACUUGGCAGAACUGGGGUCUCUGAUAGAGAAAUGGAGAAAGAGUAGCCAGACCUUGCUAUACGAACUUCAAGUGGCCCUAUCCACUGAUUCCAAACCGACCCUGACCCAGCUCAUAGACAGCCUGGCAGUGGAGGAUAAACUGCUGCAUUACAACAGGCUUGAGGAGGACUUUACAGAUGCAUAAGAUCACUCCUAUGCUGAGAAUUAGCAGCCCCGUUCACCACAAUACAUUAAUCAUUUCAUUACCUUGCAGCCAGUAGUUUCCUGCAGUACUACAGGACAUUGUUAUAUUGUAUGUCUUUAUUUUUUAAUUCUUGAAGUUGUGUGUUGCUUUGUUUUCUCUACUGGGGAAGGGUACAGCACUAUGGACUGACCUACCUCUCUCUUCAGCCACCAAUAAUGCUACUUUAACUUACCAAUAUGUAGUGAAGAAGGUGGAGCCUUGCUUAUUCCUUUUUCUCACCCUGCUCCCUACACCAACUGUUCCAUCAAGGCUUGAACAAUUAAUAGUGAAAAGAAUGUGAGAGCACUUUGAGAAGGUGAGAUGGGUAUCAGACAGCAAAGGAGGAAUAAAGGUAGAGAAAUACACUUUUAAUCUAAUCAAAAAACAAAAUACUGCGGAUACUGGAACUCUGAAAUAAAACCAGAAUAUGCUAGAAAAACUCAGGCAGGUCAGGCAGUGUGUGUGGAGAGAGAAACAGAGUUAAUGUUUCAUCAUACUAAUACAAAAGCAGCAGCUUGGCUAAAAUAAAGGUUUGGACUUGCAGGAUGGAGUAAACAGGAUACACUCUACAGGUGAUACUCUUUUCCCACCCAGACCAUUGCUUGGACACAGCUGGACGCUCUGAACAAAACAUCUUUAUUUUUUAUGAAUACAACUGUUAAACCAACAGCCAACUGAUUGAGUUGUCUAGAUUGUUAUUAAGCAGCUGAUGGAAAAUUAAACUUUAACUUUC